ACAAGGACUGUGACUGCCACCGACUUGGAGACUGCGAGUGGGAACACGCCGUUGACAUCUGGAGACGCCGACACACGUAAAGACAUUUGAGGACGAUUUGCUACUUUUGGAUGAUAUUUGCGUUGAGACGCAGCCAAGAGUGUCAAUGUUUGUGCAGUGAGGUCCCAAGCCAGGUCCCAUGAGUUACCCAGAAGCUACCACCAGAGGGCACCACUCCUCUGCACACAGGAGGAGGCUGCCUGACGGGGCCCCCAUCACAUAGCUCACAUAGCUUAGCUGAGCUAACACAGGCCAGCUAAGCAUGCAAUAGCCCAUACCCAACAGCCAGCCCAGCCUUGCCCUGAUUGGCCUAACAGGAGGUCAGCUUCCUGCUGAUUGGCUACAGACGACACCAUCUGACGGCAUAUGCAAAUGGAUCUGUCAGUAGAAAGGCUUGAAGAACAGAAACCGCUCACCACUGACGCAGCACUGCGAGCUGCAAGAAGAUCAGGAGCGACCUGGGAAUGUUUUACUAGGAACUGCUGUCAGACCACUUGGAUCUGCUGCUUUUUUUUUUCCCAUGAGUGCUGCCAGCCUUCUCAGGUCGUUGAGUCCGUCAGCGAUGCCAGGUCCAGUCAUGCCCAUAGACGUGGCCAUGAGGUUCUACAUCAGCCACUCUCCUCCCCCUCUCAGAGGCUUCCUGAGCGCCUAUGAGGCUCCUCGACACAGAGCCAAGAACCGGGCCAACCAGGCGGCUCUGCGGCCCUGCCUGAGCAGCCAGCAGAGGCCGACCCAGGACGACGGCUGGAGCGGCAAAGGUGUGAAGAAGAAGGUGGUGUUUGCCGACACCAAAGGCAUGUCGCUCACCGCCAUCCACGUCUUCUCCAAAAACGAGGACGAACACGACGCGGCAAACGCGGAGGAAUUGCAGUUCGACAUGAGCGACUUGGAGAACGCCGCCAUGGAGCUGAAGAUCAGCGCAGUGCGGAGCCUGACUCUGGACUUUAAGCAGCCCUCAGCCGACUACCUGGACUUCCGGAGCCGCCUGAUCCGGAAUUUGGUCUGCUUGGAGAACUGCUCGCUGCAGGAGCGAUCACUGACCGGGACCGUCAAGGUUCGCAAUGUGGGCUUUGAGAAGUGUGUGCAGGUGCGAGCCACCUUCGACUCGUGGGCCAGCUUCAGCGACGUGGACUGCACCUUCAUGAACAACGUGUACGGCGGCCAUGACACCGACACCUUCGCUUUUGUGCUGGAUCUGCCCACCCACAUCCCCCCACAGAACCAAGUCGAGUUCUGCAUCUGCUUCAAAGUCGGGGACCAGAUCUUUUGGGACAAUAACGAUGGCAAGAACUACGUGAUCAAGCAUGUGGGUUGGACCGGCGGAUCUUCUACGGGUUCUGCUGAACACAAAAAAGCGGCAGAGUCCAGAAGUGGCGGAGUAAAGGUUCUGGAGAUGGACCUGGACCAGUUUGGCAGUCCUCGCAUGUGCAGCGGCUUCUUCUCAGGCUGGCAAAGCUGGGGCCAUGUCGACACCGCCGUGCCGUACUGGUGAGAACCUUGGCCUGGGUGUGGUAGGAAUCCACCGACCCGUCCAGCUGGAAUCGAACGUGCACUGACUGAUUACGUCCUUCAUAUUGAAGGGGAACCGAACGCUGGUCCGAACGUACGCAGGAUUGUUUUGGACUUGAAAUGCACCUUGAAUAUACGUGCUGAUGUCAUCAGAUGGCGACCGCACGUGAUUGCUUUGGCGGUCCCGCUACAUCGGCAGCGGUCCGAAUGUCUUUCUUAGUUUGCACAUUCUGUAUGUAUGCGUGUGUGUGGCUGUCAAUCAAAUGUUUCCUUGAACUUUUAUGGCACAAAAUGUUGACUUGUUUGGAAUAAAAGUUUAUAUUUC